AUGAUGGACUCUAAUGGCGCCGUGCAGGCGCCGCCUGCGCCCCCUCAAGCAGCGCAGUCAGCCAACAGCGCUGCAGCUACUGGACCUAGUAGUAUGGCUGUCCAGCCCAACGGGAGUGCUCACACGUACACAGAGGAGGGGGUAGUGGAGAUGGUGUGUCGCCUCAACUCCCCUUCUGCUGCCAGAGAAGGGGGAGCAACAACUAGCGCAGCCAACGAAUACCUCACAAACUUCCAGAAGGAUCCGAGCGCCUGGGGCAUUUGCAUCUCCAUUCUGAAUAAGAACAGUCAUCCCCAGCAGCAGCAGCAGCAGCAGCAGCAGCUACUUGCACCCGGGAACCGAUCCCCCGAGGUUCUUCACUUCGUUGCCCAAACCCUGGCUGCGCAGGCACGGGCAGGCUUCCCACAGCAGCUCUCGGCUCUCUUGCGGCUGCCGGGGGCUUCAGCUGUCUCAGCUGCAGCUGGGGGUGGUACUCCAGUAGGGGGUGCAUCUCAGGUGUAUGCGGAGCUACGGGAUGGCUUGCUGCAGCUCGUGUUUGCCUUCAGAGAUGCCCCCUUACCUGCGCUGCGUCAGUUGUGUAUCGCCCUCUCGGCAGCGCUCAUCUUCGGUGCCUCUGCCACAGAAGGGGCCCCCAUAGGGGGCCCCGGUGCUGUGGGUGGGGGCCUCCAGCUGGGUCCUGUGCUGCAGACGCUUGGCCAGAAAGCAGGAAAGGAGGGUUUUUUACCUCUGUUGGAGUUGCUUGUCUUACUCCCUGAGGAGUUAUGCACCAAGCGGAUUGCCCUGCCAGAGGACCGCAGGCUGCCGUGUCUCGCGAGCUGCAUCAGCAACAACUCCCUACAAGUCCUGGAGGCAGUAGAGGCGAUAUUCCUGCAGGCGCAGACAGCGCUUGCUGCUGCAGCCCCAGAAGAGAGGCCCCGCUGGCGAGCUGUGCUGCAUGCAGCGCCUAUCAGGGGGCAAGGUUUUCUCUGCUCUGUUGGGUGGAAUCAUCGCCGAGGAUGUAGAGACACUGCAGCUCUCAACAGAGUGCGUAGUGGCGCAGCAGCAGCAGCAGCAGCAGCAGCAGCAGCAGCAGCGGCUGCGAAGACAGGAACUGGGCCAGGCAUCACAGAGAGCCCCAUAAAACCCAACUCUCCUGCUGAGACAGCUGAAGGGAGAGAAAGCAAAGAUGCUGUCACUCGUUCUCUUAUUGCUGCGAUUGUUAAGGCCUACGGCGACGGGUGUACCGCAGCAUUGGCUGCAGCAAGAGGACCUUCUAUAGAAGCAAUAUGUGAGCUGCCGCGAGCCCUUCUGCAGCACCCCUCUUAUGAAAUAAAAGAAGUUGGCGUGGCUUUCUAUCGCAAUCUCCUUAACCACGUUGUUGUCCUUGUUGAGGAGGAGAGGCGUCUCAGCGCCUGGCGGGAGCACUUGCGCAACGAAGCAGCAGCGGCAGCAGCUGCUGCUGCAGCUGCUGCUGCAGCAGCAGCAGCAGGAGCAGGCGGAUUCACCAGCGCUGCUGCUGCAGCACAAGCUGCUGGAUGCAGGAAAGAUGCCGGAGAAGCUCUAGCAGAAGUGAAUCGACGAUAUGAACGUAACAUGGAUGCAUUGGCAAUGCGGGAGCCUGUACUCUCCCGUCUGUUUCAGCCCUUUGCCGAGGCAGCAGUGCAGCAGCUGAGGCCCCCUGUGGGGCCCCUGCUGCGUGAGGAGUUAGAGUUUGAGGCCUGGCAGAAUUUCAGGGCCACUGUCACAGAGGCCGCUGUCUUACUUGAUAUAGAGCGCCCCUGCAGCGCGUGUGCUGCGCAGCUCCUCAUGCUGCUGAAGGACCCCGAGACUGCUGCACGCCCUGAAGCGCUGCUGGAGGUAGAGGCGCGGCUUUACUUUGUCUCUGCGAUUGCUAACCGCAUUCAACUGAAUGUGCCCCCAGGGGGAACACAAGGAGACAGCAACAGCAGCAACAACAGCAGCAGCAGCGUCAAUACAGCAGCCCCAAGCACAGACCCGCGAAGCAAUGACUUCCUGCUGCAGCUGCUGCCGCUGCUGCCGCAGCUGGCAUUCUCAGCGCCGCCCGCAGCUUCCUCCGGGUCCCCUGUAGAGAUCACAGAACAGGGAGCCCUGCAACUCUUCUUGCAUGCAGCAGCAGCUCGAGCUAUCUCUUGGCUUGCUGGCCGUGUACUGCCGCAGCAUCAGGAGUUGUUUGCUCCUCUCUUCUCUCUCCUCGUCACUCGUGCGCUGCAGUUCGUUGCUUCGCUCCCGGAGGCGGCAAAGGACUCGAAUGCUGCUCUAAUACGUCUGUCUACUGAGGCGUUGCUGGUGGAGGGCCUUUCUUCGCUUGUUGCUGCAGCAGCGAGCUUCAUCCCAUCGCCAGGAAGGGAAGAGGAUGUGCAUGCGCUUCUGCAUGCCCUCAUAGACGCAUUCUCUAGGCCGGGACUGAGUCUAGACAACAGCUCCUCCCUGGUGCACACAGCGGGGUACGUCAUCUCCUGCUUGGACGCUCCUCGUAUUCGCGUGCUCUUUGCGCAGCUUCUACAAUCUCUGGGGAACGAGCUCGACCGGUCUCUCUCUGAUCCCGGCUGCCCCAGCAGCACGGUGAAGCGUAAUUUGGGGCUUUUCUUCUCUGCACUGCAGUCUGUACAGCCCGCUGAAGACUACGCUCCUCCGCCGCCUUCGCAGUCCUUCGAGCCUCUGAGCCGUGAGUACAUAGAGACAGCGGGACGCAGG